CUACGGAAGUCUUUGAUCAGAGAUCCACCUCCAUUUCCUUAGCCUCAGGUUCUUGUGUGGUCCAGUCUGCAGCUCCCCUUUCAAACCCUUCCCUUUUCAGCCAGAGGGAGGAGAAGAAGAAGCUUGAGGGCACUCACCCACCUGUUCCUGUGACACCACUAUGACUUUACUAUUCUUCUUCUGGACUAUUGUCCUCAGUCUGCAGCUGACUAUUGGAGAAGCAUGCAGGGUGUGGGCUGAAGAAGGCGGACGAGCUUUGCUUCCUUGUCACCUGAGUCGUCGCAGGUUGAAGAGCAGCUUCAGGCAGCUGUACAAGGGAUUAGCUCUUCGCUGGGUGCAUCAUGGAGACAGUUCCCACAGGAAACGCCACUUGGUGCUCAUGGUGGAGCCAAGCGGCGUCAAGAAAAUGGCCCGUUCCACGAUGCACCGAGCAACCGUCUGGGACCCUGGCUUCAUCCGUGGGAAUUUUUCGCUCAGGAUUGAGCCGCUGCGGAAAGAGGAUUCAGGAACCUACGUGGCUGUGGUGAAGUUUGCCAAAGAGGUGUUGCGCUGCCAGGUGGAGCUUGGCGUGGCGUCAGUGACGCCUGAUUCUCCCGGUCCCCUGAUUGAGUCUGAACCUAUCCAGUUAACCUGCAACUCCACACAUCCAGAAACCCCCCAAGAGAUACGUUGGUUCCAUGCAGGUCUUCUCAUCGCCAGCUCUGGUCGGUUCUGUUCCCUGAACCAGACUCUGGUUAUCUCCAGAUCAUUCAGGAGUGAUUCUGGGCCCUGGGUCUGUCAACUCACCUUUGCAGAUGGGGAGAAAAUUUAUGCCACGUACAACCUGAAAGUCAUAGGAUUUGCUGAGCCAGCCGUAUCUGUAGUCUAUGCUGCGGCAGGCUCUGAUGCCCACCUGCCCUGCCUCCUGAACGACAAUCCCACGGACUACGGCAUUUCUAGGGUGGCAGCACGUUGGAGCUACGCAACAAGGAGAGAACCAAAGUCAAUAACCACCCUCAGUAAUGGGAGCAACAGAAAUUUUACCCUCCAUCUUUCUGCGGUGGGUCUUGAUGAUGCAGGUUGGUACACCUGUGAGAUCGCCAUUCAAGGAACAAACAUCACGAAGAACAUCACACUGGCAGUGAUGACAGUCACCCCGAGCACUGACGGGAUCAUCAUGGAGGGAUCUCGCCUGCAACUCACCUGCAAUCUCAGCUACCACACAGGAAAGGAGCUUUUUAUGUGGAAGUACCUCGGUUUGAAUCCCACAAACAUGUCUUGGCCUGAGGCUGCCUCCACGAGUUUUGGGCUCCUAAGCCAAGGCUCGACCCUGGAGUUUCCUCAGGUGUUGCCCAAUGAUACAGGUACCUGGGAAUGCAGUGUCCAUGGCCCAGAUGGGAUGUCAGGAUCGGUGCAGUACCACCUUGAAAUUGCAGGUGCCCGGAUCGCCCUUGUGCAGCCCAGAGCAGCUGAGAAGAUCACUGUGGGGCUCAUAGCCUUCCUUGUUAUUCUAGUCUCCAUCCUUGCUUUCACCUGCUUGAAACGAAGAACACGCUCCCGAAACUUCCCAGCAUUGGAUCUGAUGCUAGCUUCCGCUUUGCCGGGGAAAGAAGUAAAGGAUGAAGGCCAGGAGGAGAAGGGACCGCAGAUUUAAAAGAAGCAAGAAGGCUGCUUACAGGGCAAGUCCCAAGGAAAGCCUGAUGGUCCUAUCAAGUGAAGACUGCUUAUAGGGACAGCCAAGUGCUUGCUCACCCCAGGUGUUCUCAAGCUAUGAGGUUGGAAGGGGGAUUUAAUGCUCCCCCGUGGAACAUGCCUUCCUCCCUAUACCAGACAAGGCAAGAAGAUGCAUAUGGACUUUUCAAGGGUGAUUCCAUGCACGCACACCCCAUUUGUGUUGUCCCGCCAACCAGAUUUGAGAAGGGCUGCCCUCCCUGUGUGUAGCUGUUACAGAAAAAAUAGUGGGUUUGGCUUUUGCUGCCCAGCUCCCCAAGGGACUGAGUCCCCUAAGUCCAUGAUCACUCAGAGAUGAAAGGAUGGAGGCAAGAUCCAUAGAAAGCAAGGCAGAUCUUUAUUUUUCUGUUUAACAGAGUUCCCUCCCCUCCUUGCAAGGAGGUAGGAGAGACCCCAGCGGUGGUGGGCAAGCCCCUAUAAAGACUUUUGAAAUUGCUCAUCCUGUAACCCAAGA